UUUAAACGUCAGUAAAGUAGUUCUGUUGUUUUUUUUCGAAAUGGAAACAAACUCGAACGCCAAAAUUGAGAACAAUUCAAAGCAUUCAAAUGAAUCAAGUGACGAUUAUUUGCUUGAAGAAACUUUUCCCCAUAAACUGCUCAUCAAUGUCGUUAGCGUACAAGCGUUUUUGAACGAAAUGUUAAUAGUGCAAGAUGAAUUAAUAGGCGUUUUGAAUUUGAUGGAAUUGGACAUGUUGGAUAUCAUGCAGCCCAUAAUUGAAGUUAAUUCGAUGGAAAAACAAGUAAAGGCGUUGGAUGAGACCAGGAAAAAAUGUAAAGAAAAAAUAAACGACUGCUUCGAACACGAUUCAACCGCAAGUAUCAAUGAUCACGCGAUUCAAUCUACUGAAUAA